UCGCUGUUCAAAAAUACAAAAGGCUCCCAGUCGACUCAAUCACAAAAACUGAUUGAAGCAAGCACGCUUCGGUCAAUAGUAACGACAAAAGUUCUUCCCGCAGCAUACGAGUUCCCCGUUCGUAAUCUACAAGUGGAAAUAGCACUUCUUGAAGAUAAUAUUGCAAAAGUGUCGGCGAUACGCAAUGCAAAGGAUGCAGCUCGUGCUGCCCAAGAUGAACUGCUGCCGGUAAUGGAGGAUGUUAGA